AUGGGUCAACUUGGGAGAUUUGCAUGGGUCCUGGGGUCGAGUCUCCUAAGCGUUGGCUCUCUGAUAUGCCUUAUCAUUGUUGCAAUUGGUUGCACAAAUCCCAAGCAGGCUAAAGAUCUCUAUAUGUUUCGAAUCGAACUCAAAAACCUUACAACCUCUCCAAGCUCCAUCCUUGAUACCACCCUUCAGGAUCUCACUGGCAGCCAUGUGAAGCAAUUUGUGCAAGCCUUGCAGGAGGCGAAUAAAUCAGAAACCUUGCAAGAUUUCUACUCCAUCGGACUGUGGAACUACUGUGCUGGCAACAAUCCUCAUAUUGGAGUCUACAACACAACCUACUGCUCGAAGCCCCGCGGUGGAUUUUGGUUUGACCCGAUCGAAAUCUGGGAUUUGAAUCAAACCCACAUAGGGAAGCAUGUCCCUAAUCGCUUGCAACAGACGCUGGAUAUCUAUCAGAGAGCUUCCCUAUGGAUGCAGAUCCUUUACCUACUUGCCAUCUGCACCAGCAUUCUCCAGCUGUUGGUUGGCCUUCUGGCCUGCUGCAGUCGGCUGGGAGGCUGCUUCGCCUGGCUUCUCACGGCAGUCUCCCUCCUGUUUACUCUCGCCACAUCCAUCACUUCCACGACGCUCUUCGCCACCCUUGCGGGCAUAUUCAAAGUGACCUUCAAGUCCUACGGAAUCUACGGUCACAUGGGUCGACACAUCUACGCAGCCACCUGGCUGGCGGUCGCGUUGUCCCUCUUAGCGGCGGUGUCAUGGCUCCUCAAUGGCUGCUGUUUUCGGGGCGACAAAGCGCGGCGUGACCCGCCGCGAACCAUGGGUCCUGUCGGUGCGGCGGACAGCGCUUACAGCUAUAGACCGGUUGCCGUUGGGAAACGUUCGGACGUAUCCGACCACGCACCUUUACUCAUGUGCCCUUCUCCUCCGCGGGUUCACGGCGGGCAGGAUUAUCGCCCGUAUCAGCAGCAGCGGCAGCAGUACCACAACCCUUACCAGAACAUAUAUCUCGAAGCCCACGAGAUGCGCUGA